UGUGCGCAGGCGCACUUGAGGUUCUGCGCCCGCCGCUGUGGCCAUUGUCCAGCCCUGUUGUGGCGGAGGCCGGUUUGCGAAGCUGGCCCCUAACGCAGGACAGCACGGCGGAGAACAGAGACUGCAGCGGGCGCUAGAGGGGCGGACCCGAGGUCGCGGAUCCCGAAGCCCCGGAGGCGGUGAUUCCGGGUGCCGUGGCCCGGGACCGUAGCCAGCACACCCUGAGGCAGGAAUGGCCCCGAGGCCUCCGACGGCCACGCCCCAGGAGUCAGUGACAUUCAAAGAUGUGGCUGUGGACUUCACCCAAGAAGAAUGGUACCACGUAGACCCUGCGCAGAGGAUCUUAUACAGGGAUGUGAUGCUGGAGAACUACAGCCACCUGGUUUCUCUUGGGUGUCAAGUGACCAAGCCAGAGGUGAUCUUCAAAUUGGAGCAAGGAGAGGAGCCAUGGAUAUCAGAGAGAGAAAUCCAAAGACCUUUCUGUCCAGGGAUAAAUAUUCAUGGGAGCUGAAAUGUGAUGUGUCUCCCAAUAAGUCUAUUACCCGUGAAUCAAAAUGAAUAAGACAUUCCUUUGCUGAUAGGCACAUCCAAGCUGGUAGCCAUUCAAAGAAAUCUUGUGUAUGGCUCCAUGCUUAGCGGUUAAUGUCAAGACCAUGCUGGUGCUGUCUGAUAGAGUUUGACAGUGGGUAAUUCUGUUCAGAUUCUCUCCUAUUCAACAGUUAGGACUCCUGUCAGGAACUUUCUACUGAUUUGGGGGGAUCUUUAUGUGCGACUGUUUAAAGAAAUAACAUGGAUUAUAAAUAAUUGAGUGUUGCCCAAUGUUACUGAAGUUUAUAAAAAGCAGUUCCAAAAGACCAGAAAGACAGUGCUGGUUGGUAUGUGGAGGGAAUCUGGCCUUUAUCCAACCAUGACUGAGUUUCAGCACCUCUCCAUUGACAGGAAGGAAAUCCAGGAUACAUUUGUGGUUAAUUGAACAGAGGGCUCUCCUAGCACCAGCAGUCACACACCGUGCACUUAUGAAUACCCGGCCUUUCGGGGCUACAGGACAUGCAUACCUGUUAAUAUCAUUGUGUUCUUUCAAUAAGUAGCCUUCUGGGAGUCCAUUUGUCAUCCGUUUUCAGAGCUUAACUGAAAUUAAAGGAUAGCACAUCAAGAAAGAGGGGCUAACUGCUCUGUUCUUCGUUCACAGCCAGGUAAGAUAUUAAAUCACUACCAUGUAUUAGUGUUACUGCAUGAAAGACCUAAGUCUUGUUCUGCUGUUUUGUUUAAUCCUCACAGCUGGAUAGAGGUGCUGGGGAAGCUCUUUGCCCACUGUCUUCAUUACUGUUCUAUUGCUAUGAAGAUCUACAUAGAUCACUGCCUGGAGUACUGUCCAUGGCAGGUUCAUCAUUUAACCCCAGGACUGUCUAGCUCUAAAAGCAUAGCUUUUAGCAUCUAAAAGUAUAGUUUUGUUUUGUUUUUCCAUGACAGGGUUUCUCUGUGUAGCCUUGGCUGACCUGGAACUCGCUCUGUAGAUCAAGCUGUCCUCAAACUCACAGAGAUUCUCCUGCCUCUGCCUCCCAAGUGCUGGGAUUAAAGGUAUGUGCUACCACCACCUGGCCUAAAGGUAUAGUCUUAGGGACAUCUCCAGAGCCAUGUUGUAUUUGAGGAGCUGCAUCUAACUCUGUCCUUAUGGGGCAGAGGAACACAGUGACAAGUAGAGAUGAAGUGGUGACAGGUCUGUGGAUGUGUUGAGUGCUCACAUGCCACAACUUGUGGAGUCCGCUCUCUACGAACCCCUAUGUGUGGGUCCCGGGGAUGCAAUUUAAGAUUGUCAGGGUUGGUAGCAGCGCCGUUACCCAUUGAGCCAUCUCUCUGGCACUCUGCCUCUUUUUUUUUUUUUUAAAGACAGAGUCCUUCUUAGGUUCCUAUUACUGCAGUGAACACCACGACCAAGCAGCAAGCUGGGGAGGAAAGGGUUCAUUAGGCUUACACUUCAGCAUUGCUACUCAUCACUGAAGGAAGUCAGGACAGGAACUCAAAACAGGCCAGGAUCCUGGAGGCCAUGGCGGGGUGCUGCUUACUGGCCUGCUUUCCAUGGCUUGCUCAGCUCACCUUACAGAGCCCAGGACCAACGGCUCAGGGAUGGCACCACCCACCAUGGGCUGGGCCCUCCCCCAUUGAUCACUAGUUGAGAAAAUGCCUUACAGCUGGACCUCAUGGAGGCAUUUCCUCAACUGAGGCUCCUUCCUCUGAUGACUAGCUUGUGUCAAGUUGACACACAACCAGCCAGUACAGGGUCUCAUUGAACUCACUAAUUCAGCUCAGCCGACUGCGUCAGCCCCAGGAUCCUCCUGUACCAGCCUCCCCGGCAGUGGACAUACAGUGUGUGCCGCCAUGCUCAGCUCUCCAGCUCUGUUUGGAGCAUCCGUAUCAGGCCUCAUGCUUGCAUGGCAAGUACUUUUCCAAUUGAUCAGUCUUCCCUGCCCCACCCCCUACCUUUUUUUGGAGACAGGGUCCUAUGUAACUCAGGCUAGUCUCAAACUUACAAUGUAGUUUAGGAUGGCCUUGAACUACUUAUUUUCCUGCCUCCACCCUGUCACUGCUGAGGUUACGGCCCACCAUGCCUGGUGAGAUUUAUAGUUUAAUAAAGUUCCCAAAAGGGCUGGAAAGAUGGCUCCAUGGUUAAGAACACUUGCUGCUCUUCCAGAAGACCUAAGUUUGGUUCUAAGCACUCAUGUAGGAGAGCUUACAACCACAAAAAUCCGACACUUUCUUCUGGCUUCCAUGAGCACACACGUGCACACACACAACCUUUUAAAAAGUUCCUAGGUGAUAGUAAUAUUGCUGGUCCAAGAGUCACAAGCCUAGGUCAUCAAAAAUCCUCUUAGUUGGCCUGGAGAGAUGGCUUAGCAGUUAAAAGUGUGGCUGCUCUCGCAGAGGACCCAGGUUUUAUUCCUGGCACACAUAUGGUGUAACUCCAGUUCCAGGGGAAGGAAUCUGACUCCUUCAGCCUUGUGGACACCAUGCAUGCAAGUGGCGCACAGACACACAUGCAAGCAAAACACUCAUACACUUAAAACUCAAAUAAAUAAACUGCAACCCUUUGAGUCUGGGAGUUGUGAUACACCUGUAAUCCCAGCACUUGGGGGUAGAAAUGGGAGGAUGAGGAGCCCAAGGUCAACCUUGGCUACACACUGAGCUCAAAGCCUGCCUAGGCUACAUGAAACCCUGUCAACAUUACUCUGUUAGCUGAAACUAAUGAAAAACACCACUGAGUUCAUACCUGGAGUCCCACUACUCCGGAGACUGAGGUGGGAGAAUAUGAGCUAGAGGCCAUCCCAGGUGACAAAUGACUUCCACGUUAGCCUAGGCUAGAGUGAGAAAUUUAACAAAAUAAAUAAUAGUAAUUAUUAAUUGAAAAGUAACUACUGUCAGGCCAGGCAUGGUGGCACACGCUUUAAUCCCAGCACUCGGGAGGUAGAGGCAGUUGGAUCUCUGAGUUCAAGGCCAGCCUGGAUUACAAAGUGAGUUCCAGGUCACUCGGGACUACACAGAGAAACCUUGUCUUGAAAUACUAUACCAAAAAAAAAAAAAAAAACUGUCUCAGGGCACUACUGUUUUUCUAAUCUAUCACCUCCUUUAGUUUAUUCAAACUCUUACUCAGUUUUUCCAGUUAUAUCCUUUCUUCAAACACAUCCAGACAAUGUUUCAUGGAGGAUGUAGUUCAAAUAAUAAGGAUAAUUAUUGAGAGAAUGAAAACCUUAAGUUCAUUUCUCUAUGCUUCUUUCUUUUGUAUCUCAUUUGGCUAUUGCUAUAAUGUGACUAUUUAUUGCCUCAUAAAGGCCUCUGCAUUGAAGGCCUGGGGCAGUAUUGGAAGGUGCUGGAACUUUUAGGUAGCAGGGCUUAAUGAAGGAAAUGGAGCAUUAGGAGUAUACCUUUGGAGGGACCCAAGCCCUUCCUAGCUCUUCCUAGUGACCAUCAGUCCUCUGUGACAUGCACCUGUCAUGAUGCACGGUGAUGCCACAGGCCCAAAGCAACAGAACAGGAAGCAUAGACUAAAACCUCUGAAACCGAGAGCAGAAAUAAGCUUUUCUCCCUUGAAGUUGGUUAUCUCAGGCAUUAGUAAUCAAAAGCUGAUUUACCUAUAGAAGCUGAAAAAAUAGUGUAUGUUGGGGGAGGAAGUGUGUGAUGGAGCUCCGCCACAGUGGAUACAGUGAAUACAGUCUCAGCCACAGCACAGCAGGGUCAUCCUUGAAGACCACACCACAUGGCCUCCUGGGUAACCGCUUCUCCCACAGUGGUCUGCAGGGCUCAAGCCUGGGGCUUCCUAACAACCUGUGUAAGAGGGAACAGCCUGGCCAGUGUGGUGUCUGGGAUCAAGUGCCAUGCAUGGCCACUCCUGGGAGUCUGCUGCACAGCCAGGCCAGAGGUUUGGAGCAAGAAGAGCUGGCAGCAGGUGACUGUUGCUAGGCAUCCCCUCAAAGUCAUACCAAGUUGCCAGACUCCUCUUCACAUAUAGGGAUUUCAGUACACUUCCCCAAAGCUACUCCUCUCUAAAUAUCUCAGGAGAACGCAGCACCCUUGCUUUCCUUGAAAGUGGUUUAUUCAGCCAAGCCUUAAAUCAGGACUUACCAGUAUGCUACAGCUGCUGAGUCUCACGGGAAAAUGUUUGUGUUUACUUAAGGUGUCUCCCUCCUUUCCUGGAAGGGGUCACCUGUUCACAUUUACAUCUCUUUGGGGCUGAUCUUGAACCAUGCCAUACUCCUUAAAGAUCUUACUUUCAGGGAUUCAUUUUGUGAAUAGAUGAGGUUCUCUCAUUGUGUGUCUUACAUGUUAAUAGCAUCACUGCUUUCUUUCUUUCUCUGCUGCAUGCCUGACCUCAUACAGGGUUCAGCACCUCCUAGGUGUACACUUAGCAUUGACGAACAGAACAAAUGGACAAGUUCAAGGCUG